UUCCUUCUUCAAAUUCUUGCUGACUCAAGACUAUCGAGCCCUUUUUGUGCGCCCUCACCCACCACCCACGCCUCCAGACACACUCCAGCACGCGACCCGACGCUCGUUGUCGUGUCUCUGACGAUGUCUUCACAGGAAGCGGCUCCUUUGGUCGCUCUCGGCGCGUCAGCAGGCUUAUGGCAGGCUGCGCUGACGCUGCUUGUGACCUUGGUCGUCGGCUACCUCGCCAAGACUUCACUGGGUUCAAACAGCUUAUCCAAGAUCCCGCUGGUCGGUCUCGAGAUCGGCGAUGAGGAGAAGCGCCGGCUGGCUUAUCUAGGUGGUGCCAAAAACAUUUACCAGCAAGGCUACCAAAAGUUCAAGGAUGGCAUCUUUCAGAUCACGACCUCCAGAACCGUGCCUGUGGUCGUUGUGCAUCCCCGUUUUCUCAACGAGCUCAGCAAAUUGCCCCCUCAAGUUUUGAGCGCCGAUGCGGCCGUCAACGAGGGGAUGGAAGCCAAGUACACACAACUGUGGACGAUUCCGGUUGUUCCUCACGCGAUCAAGACCCAGCUCACCCCGGGCCUCGUCCGUCUUACUGAAAUCGUUGCCGAAGAGCUCCAGGAGGCUUUCAGCAGAGAGCUUCCCGACUGCAAGGACUGGAGCUCCGUCCAAGUCCACCCGACCCUCCUGCGUAUUGUGGCAGCUGGCGCAGGUCGCGUCUUCGUCGGCCCCGAGCUCUGCCGGGAUGAAAAGUACCUGGACUCCUCGAUUAACUUCACCGGGGACGUGAUGACGGCGCGCAACGCCGUCCAGCAGAUGAGGCAGUGGCUGCGGCCGUUCCUGGCCCACCGGCUGCCGGAGGUGCAGAGGCUCAGCCAGCACCGGGCCGAGGCGGAGGAGUUCCUGCGACCCGUCAUCCUCAAGAGGAGAAAGAUGAUGGCGGACCCCGACCAGGAGAGGCCCGACGACCUGUUGUCGUGGCUGAUGGAGGCCCAGGCCACGUCUGGCAAGGGCAGCGACAGGGACCUCGCCGAGCAGCAGCUGGGCAUCGGCUUCGCCGCCAUCCACACCACGACGCUGACCGGUACCAAUGCCUUUUACAACCUGGCGGCGAUGCCCGAAGUGGCGGCGGAGCUGAGGGACGAGGUUUCCACCGUCCUGGCCGAGAACAAGGGGGCCUUUACCACCAAGGCGCUCCACGACAUGAAGAAGCUAGACAGCUUCUUGAAGGAGACGUUGCGGUGCCAUCCUUUUGUCUUUGCGACGUUUCAGCGCAAGGCUCUGAAGGACAUCACGCUCUCCAACGGCCAAGUCAUCCCGGCCGGGACGACGAUCGAGUGCCCCAACUACGCCGUCAGCCACGACGAGGCGCUCUUCGAGGACGCCGACGAGUUCGACGCCUUCCGCUUCUACAAGCUGCGCGAGAAGGCGGCGCUGGAGAGGACCCCCGACCAGACCUCGGACGCCUCCAUGCAGAACCAGUUCGCCAGCGUGAGCCAGAACAGCCUGGCGUUCGGGUACGGCCGGGAAGCGUGCCCCGGCCGCUUCUUCUCCGCCAACGAGCUCAAGGUCAUCUUCUCCAUCGCCCUCCUGCAGUACGAGAUGAAGCUGGCCGAGGGGAGCGAGGGCAGGUAUCCGAACAUGGAGUUUGGACAACUGUCUAUGCCCGACCCGACUAAGCACAUUCUGUUCAAAAAGAGGUGAACGGAUUCUCGGUGCAUGAUUAUCUUGAUACACAACAUGUUGAGGCCUGGGAAACUGUAGAUAAUGACAAGAAGAGAAUUCCAUAGAAAGCGAAUAGACAAGUCACAGCAAGCGUAAGCGUGGUUU